CGUCGGGGGCGCGCGCCGGCGGAUUUAGUCUCCCCCGGUCAGAGCGGAACGCGGAGCGGCGCGAGCGAUCAGUUUCGGAGUGUUUCCGGGUUUUUAAAUAUUAUUAUUAUUAUAACUGAUAAUAAUAAUAAUCCUCUUUGUGUUCUUGUUAUUGUUCUCGGUGUUUCUUCUCCUCGGCGCGUUUCUCAUGGGACUAGCGCGCGCGGAUCCGCGGACAUGGCACCGGGAUUGAGCCAUUAAGUCCCGCCGACUGCACAACUUUAUCCCGGGGUGUGUGUGUGUGUGUGUGUGUGUGUGUGUGUUAUCGCUCAUGGAGCGAUCAGCAUCACUGGACAUCGAGGCGCUGAAGAUGACACAGGAGCAGUAUAUUUUGGCGUCCCAGCCGAGCGCCCUGCAGAGGCCGGGUUGCCCUGCUCCAUACCCAGUGGGCAUCUAUGGCUGGCGUAAACGCUGCCUCUACUUCUUCAUCCUCCUCCUUCUUGUCACCAUGAUUGUCAACCUUGCACUCACCAUCUGGAUCCUGAAAGUCAUGAACUUUACAGUGGACGGGAUGGGGAACCUGCGCAUCACCAGGGAGGGCGUGAGGUUAGAGGGCGUGUCCGAGUUCCUGCUUCCUCUGUACGUCAAGGAGAUUCAAUCCAGACAGGACAGUCCGCUGAUCCUGCAGUCAGACCGCAAUGUGACGGUGAACGCACGGAACGACCUCGGCCAGCUGACAGGACAGCUCACUGUGGGAUCUGAGAUGGUGGAGGCUCAGUGUCAGAGGUUCGAGGUGCGGAGCUCAGAUGGAGACAGAGUGCUGUUCUCAGCGGACGAGAACGAGAUCAGCAUCGGCACUGACAGGCUGAGCGUGACAGGUAACGAGGGAGUAGUGUUUGCUCAUUCAGUCGAGACGCCGCACAUUCGAGCUGAACCUUUCCAAGACCUAAAGUUGGAGUCUCCGACGCGAACACUGACGUUGGAAGCGCCGAAAGGUGUGGAGGUGAAUGCAGGAGUGGGGGAGUUCAGAGCAUCCUGCAGGAAAGAGCUAACUCUGGAGUCUUCUGAAGGAGAGAUCUUACUCAACGCCAAGUCCAUCCGCAUGCCGAAUCUUCCCCACGGCAGCGUGGACCCGCUGCUCAGCCCUGGCACCAGCUACCCGAAACACACCGUCUACGAGGUGUGUGUGUGUCCGAGCGGCAAGCUCUACCUGUCCCCCGCAGACAGCGCCUCCACCUGCCAGACCACUAACAGUGUGUGUUUAUGGAGCUGAGAGCGGCGUAGGGGCGUCGCCCGACACCAGAAAGGCCUUCCUUUUUUUCUUCUCUUUCCUUUUUUCUCCCCCUCAUACUGUUCAUCAGCCGUAUUCACAUCAACAACCUGACUGACAAACGGCGGAAUAUCAUCAGAUUGGACAUGGAGAUGAUGUUUGUUUGUUUUUCCCCCUAUUUUGAAUUCUUUCCAUCAUACCAUUUUUUUUUUAUUCUCUACAUUCUUUUCUUUCUUUCCUUUCUUCCUUCCUUCCUUUCUCCCUUCAGGAAUUCAGGAAUCGGAACAAACUCAGCAUCUUCCCAAACUGUAAAUGGAGCAAAAACUUGACUCAGAGCGUAUCUUUUUUUCUUCCCUCUCCUCUUGUUUUUAGUACUCCUAUUUUUGUACGACCUUUAGCCCCAGGUGGAAAAUUCGAGGAGAGGCCGGA